GAGCUUAAUGGCAUGUCAUUGAAAAGGUUAGAUCAAUCCCUGAGAGCACUGAAAUCCCCUACAAGAAACAACGAUGACAUUCAAACAUGGUUAAGUGCUUCCAUAACUUUCCAACAAUCUUGUAAAGACUAUGCAGAUGCACAGAACAAAACAUCCUCUGCAGAUGGUCGUAUGCAAAGAAUGUCCGAAAAAAUGGAGUAUCUGUCUCAACUGGGAAGCAAUUCAUUAGCACUUGUUAACCAUGUGAGCGAAAAAGGUAUCCUCAAAGGGAACACCAACAAAGAGGGACAUGAAUUUCCGAAGUGGGUAUCAGCCAAAGGACGUAAACUGCUUCAAGAUGGCACCAUAAAAGCAAAUGCCGUAGUUGCAAAAGAUGGUUCAGGAGAUUACAAGACAGUUUCUGAAGCCAUUAAGGCUGCUUCAGGGAAAAGGUUUGUGAUUUAUGUUAAGGAAGGGAUUUAUAAGGAGAAGAUUAAAACCAGCAAAGAUGGUAUCACGUUAAUUGGAGAUGGAAAAUACUCUACUCUUAUUGUUGGAGAUGACAGCGUUGGCGAGGGUUCUUCCUUAACUGGUUCAGCCACGUUUACAAUCACCGGCGAUGGCUUUAUCGCACGUGACAUCGGAUUCCAGAACAACGCCGGCCCACAAGGCGAACAAGCGGUGGCUCUGAACAUUGCCUCCGACCAUUCCGUGCUCUACCGGUGCAGCGUAUCAGGGUACCAAGACACCCUCUACGCCCUCGCCCUGCGCCAGUUCUACGCAGAAUGCGACAUUUACGGCACAAUAGACUUCAUCUUCGGCAACGCCGCCGCUGUCUUCCAGCGGUGCAACCUCCUCCUCCGGCGCCCUCGCAGCUCCGGCUACGACGCCAUUCUGGCCAACGGGCGAACUGACCCUGGCCAGAACACCGGGUUCUCCGUUCACAAGUGCAUCAUAUCGCCGACCUCAGACUUUAAGCAGUCGCGCAAUGCGUUUCUGGGGAGACCCUGGAAGGAGUAUUCGAGAUCGGUGGUGAUGCAGAGUAGAAUCGACAGUGUGAUUGCGGCGAAAGGGUGGGUGGCGUGGCCUGGAUAUGGAAGCUCCGUGUUGAAGACUUUGUAUUUCGCGGAGUAUGGUAAUGAAGGACCUGGUGCUGGAACCUCGGGGAGGGUGGAGUGGAAGGGUUUUCAUGUUCUUAAGUCGCAAGAUGCCACCAAAUUCACUGUUGCUAGUUUUAUUUCUGGAAACUCGUGGAUUCCCUCUGGAGUUAAUUUCAUUUCAGGGCUUAAUUAACUCUGCACCAGUAGCAGUAGCAGUAGCAGCAUCUAGAAGAAGAAGAUAAAGAUGAAUAGUAUAGCAGUAGCAGCAUUUAGAAGAAAAAAGAAGAUGAUGAUGAUGAAUAGUGGCAGUAAGGAAAUUGUUAAGACUUUUAAUAUUGAUGAUUUACAAUAAAUUCAAAUAUAUGAUGA